CAUCGUUUACCUUGUUCUUUUUUAUCCUGAACUUGGAUUGAACAAUAUUUACUGUGACUCGUGGCUGACCUGCUGUGGCAAAGUGUCAUAAAUGAUUGAUUAUCCAUCUGGUGCAUGACACUCUCGAAUCAGGUGAUUUUGAUUUGGGGACAAUUUGAGAGCAGGGCAGAUUUGAGAUCAUCACAAAAUAGCAGGAAGGGUUCUGCUGGCUAUGUAAACAACACAAAUUAAAGAUGAAAGUAUUUAGAUUUUUGCUCGUGUUGUGCUCUUUUCUAUUGGAAACCCAAGCCUUGGGUGCUACUGGUAAAAGAAAUGCCUUGGUCAUUAUAGCGGACGAUGCAGGUUUUGAAACUCAAGUAUACAACAACAGCGUUUGCAGGACGCCCAACAUCAACCAGCUAGCACACAGCAGUGUAGUCAUCCGCCAUGCAUAUACAUCGGUCAGUAGCUGUUCUCCUAGUCGGUCAGCCAUUCUGACCGGCUUACCGCAGCAUCAGAAUGGAAUGUUUGGCCUGGAGCACAGUCCACAUCACUUCCGCUCCUAUGAUGACGCACUGACUCUACCUGUUAUACUCAAGCCAGCUGGGAUCAAAACAGGAAUCAUUGGCAAAAAGCAUGUUGCCCCUGCCACUGUCUUUAAGUUUGACUACGAGGAAACUGAGUUCAACAACCCUAUGCUUCAGUGUGCUCGUAAUAUCACCAGGAUGAAAGAGUUUGUGCGGACUUUUCUUACCAUGGACCCUACAAAGCCUUUCUUGCUCUACAUUGGGUUCAAAGAUUCGCACCGAGCCGAUCCAACAGAUAUCCCAAAAUACGGACAAUUCGCAGAGCGUUUUGGCAAUGGUGAGGCGGGUAUGGGAGUGAUAGAGGAUUGGACUCCGUCAAAGUAUAACCACUCUGAUGUCGUUGUUCCGUGGUAUUUACCCGAUACCACGGCAACCAGGCAAGACAUAAGCGCUCAGUACACUUCAAUCAGCAGAUUGGAUGCAGGUGUUGGCAUGCUUCUGAGUGAACUGAAAUCCUUUGGCUACCUAAACGAUACACUCAUCAUCUACACGGCCGACAAUGGCAUCCCCUUCCCCAACGCCAAGACCAAUCUCUACGAAACGGGAAUGGGUGAACCGAUGCUGGUCUCCAACCCUUACAACAAGAACCGCUGGGGGCAGUACAGCGAUGCGAUGACUAGCACCACCGACAUCGUGCCGACCGUCCUAGACUGGUUCGGGGUCAAGUUUCCAGAUUACAGUCUCUUGCGUAAUAAAGUCACCCUGACCGGUAAAUCUAUGUUACCGCUCACGCUGUCCGAGCCGGCGAAAGAUUGGGACGUUGUGUUCUCCAGCCACGACUUUCACGAGAUAACAAUGUCGUACCCAAUGCGUGUAAUGCGAAAUAAGCAAUACCGCCUCAUUCAUAACAUGAAUUACCGUGCGCCGUACCCCAUUGCUCAGGAUCUUGCGUCAUGCCCGACGUUUGUGGAUAUUCUAAACAACACCGCGGCUGGUAAGCCGACAAAAUGGUUCAAGACGUUGGAUCAGUAUUACUACCGCCCGGAAUGGGAGUUGUACGACCUCUUACACGAUCCCAAAGAGACAAUCAACCUGGCCGAUCAGCAAGAUCACAAAACGACGUUGGGUAAGAUGCAGAAGGCUAUAUGUGACUGGCGACAUCUUACAAAUGAUCCAUGGAGGUGUUUUCCCGACGGUGCGAUCAAUGGACCUAAAUGUAUUGAUCUCCAUAAUGAACCACCUAGUGAAAAGUACACCCAGGAGCAAAACCUUGACACCAUCAAUGAAUAAACUUUCUUUCACUAAGAACUAGAGCUUUUAAAACACAAAAAUAAAAAAUAAAACAUGUACAAAACUUUCCAAAGACCAUGGUUCAAUUUAGCGCUUUGAAAAAUCCUGGGGAGAACAAACUGGUCUAAAUAUAAAAUAGCUCUGUAUACCUCAUGUAAAAUAGUAAAAGCUUUUAUGUCCAUUGAACCGGGCUCUAAAGGCACAGUGCUAUAGGUUACUUAAUUGCAAUGGAAGAGAGGUUAAAGGCACUGGACACUAUUGGUAAUUACUCAAAAUCAAAUGUUAGCAUAAAAACAUAGUUUGUAACGAGCAA